CUGAGUGUGUUCGACUGUGUUUCUACUCAACAAACUGUGCCUCUUUUUUCUACAAUCACGACGAGCUGCUGUGUCAUAGAAGCAGUAUGCUAUACACGGCUGUGGCUGGCCACAAGCUCACAGCCAAGACAAAUGUCAACUGUUAUCAGUGGAGGCAUGAUGAAUGUCCCUCCCAGUGGACAUAUUCCAAGCCGACUGGGUUAUGCCUUCGAUUGUUCAGUCCAUCAGCAUCCAAUACAGACGCUAGACAGACAUGUGUGGAAAAUGGCGGAAGACUCGUGAACAUCCAGAAUUUUAAAGAAAACAUCCUUAUCCGAGACAUUAUGUUGGAAAAUGAUGGCGGCCUACACAUCGGUUUAAAAAAGACGUCUACAGGGUGGCAAUGGCACCUGGGCGAGGCGCUUGGCGCCUUCAACUCCUGGAAAAACGGCCACCCCAAGUCUGGAUCCUGUGUUGUAAUGAGCAUAGUUACCCGUGGCUGGUUCACAGAUUUGUGUGCCAAUAAACGGAAAUAUCUAUGCGAAAUCGUCCUAGACAACCCUUACGGUGAUUGCUAAGAACACGGAGGAGGAGAAGAAGGGAAAGAAGAAGCAUAUUGUGACCAUUUAACACUUUUGUCAAGCAGUAUGGAAUUACAAAUAAUCUCGUAACAAGAUUUAAAAAAAGUAACUUUGUUACAAACCCUAUUUGGAGUAGGAGCUUAAGAGAUUGGAAACUGAAAAUAAGUGUUUCGCGUGUAAAAAAUAUGAACUUGUUGAUUGAUUCCGUCUGUGCUUCAUAAGCACUUACUUCAGAUUCUUCCUCUGUACGACAAGGUUUAAUGAACAUAAUACUUCUCAUCUUCAAUGAAUUAAGAAAAUCUAUUGGAUGUUGACUUUUCAUGAAUACUUCCUCAUGGAUGACUGUGUAGUAGUGAGAAGGCUGAUAAAUUAGCAAGAACUGCAUCAGAACUUGACAAGUCGGGAGGUCGGCAAUAAGCUUGUAAAUGUUGCUCGCCAUUUGCUGUUCUGUUGAAGAUAUGACUGUCGAUGAUCAUUUCUGUGUAAUGUUUAGGAUUACAUAAACUCCUGUCAGUGGUAAAGAGCACAUUUGUAUUUCACAAUGCGCGCCAUAUAUAAACAAAAUCUGUACAACGGAGCAUUUUUAGAAAAAAAUGACAGUUGUUAUAAACUGAGGGCCAAAAGAAACGUUACCAACAUUAACUGAUUUGCCACUUUGAAACAAAGAUGCCAACCUGUUCAAAAACAGUAAAGAGCACAUCUCACGAAUACAGCCUUCAUGUUCUCUGUCGUUCUUUGCAUUUUGGGAGAUAUCGGUGUUUUUCUGCAAAUUUUGAAAACAUUCUUUCCCAAAUUAUCGUGCAAUUUCCGGGUAUAAAUUAAGCACGGAUCUGUUCCCUAUCAUUGGUUGCGAUGAUUAACACC